AUUCCUCACCUCUUUCUCACUCACUAAUUCUAUAAAGCAAGUAAAAGUAAAUCCAGAUAAGUCACAGCACAGGAGACGCGCAUCUAAGGAAUCAAGUCCUACACUCUUUCCAAUUCACAGUUUGCCAUUAUGACUAGCACAAACACAAAGAGAAUCGUCCUACUGGGAAAAACUGGAGCUGGAAAGAGCAGCUUAGGCAACACCAUGUUUCAAGAAAAGCUGUUCACAGUCAACCACAGUCCAAACUCUGAAACAGCGACGUGUGAGGCCAAGACUGAUUCUAUUAAUGGAAGAGAAAUUACUUUGAUCGACUUGCCUGGUUUCUUUGACACCGACAAGUCUGAGGAGGUGAUGAAGCCUGCGAUAAUGAGGUGUAUCGUAGAGAGCUCUCCUGGGCCUCAUGCUUUUCUCAUUGUGCUUAAAGUGGAAAAAUACACAGAGCAGGAGAAGGCUAUUAUCACUAAAAUGUGUGAAUACUUUUCCCAAGAAGUCUUUAAAUAUGCAACAGUUCUCUUUACUCACGGUGAUCAGCUCCAAGAAGGACAGACAAUCCAAGACUUCGUUGGUGUGAAUGACAGUUUAAAUGAAUUUGUUAAAAGAUGCAGUGGCGGGUGCCAUGUUAUUGAUAAUAAAUACUGGAACCAAAACGCAACAGGCUAUAGAAGCAACCAUUACCAAGUGGAGAAGGUGCUCCAAACAAUAGACAAAAUAGUCCAGGCAAACAAAAACUGCUGCUACACCAAUAAGUUGCUUCAAAAUGUGGAGGAAGACAUAAAGGAACAGGAAGAAAAGAUCAGCAAGAAAUUAGUAAACAUUUCUACAGAACAGAUCAGGGAGCAGGCUAAGGCCAAUGUCUAUGAAAAGUGGACUACUGCAGGUCUUACUCUAGUCUCAGUUUUGGGAGCUUUUUUGGGUGUAGCAUUUGUGGUUCUGAAAGUUCGUUAAAAUGCAGUCUACUAACAAUAACAUUAGAAGCAGCAAUGGGAGCAUGUCUGCAUUAGUUUGAAAUAGAUAAUCACAGUUACUGUUUGAAGAUUGUUUGUAUAAAAUUAACUGUAACUAUAUUUACUGUGUGUAAUAUAUCACAUAAAGCACAUCGCUUGAACCGACAGUCAGAAUUUUUAAGCUGAAUGAUUUUGUUUGAAACUCUACAUGUGAUAACAUAAACUGUUGUACAGUGAAUAUGUUGUUCAAUACCUUUAAAACGGUUUUGUUAGAUUGAAUUAAGCAAUAUUAGAAGAUGAACGAUGGAACACAACACAUAGAACAGAAAAUUAUUUUUACUGGUUUCUUUCUAACAUGUGCAGCUCACCUUGUGUAAAAUUUAUAUUUUGGCUAAAGAGGCUAUUGAACACUCACAACGCUGGGCUGUUCUCCCUACUACUAUACAGCAAGAGGUAUUGGAGCGUGAGCAGAACAUCUUCAUAGCACGAGCAAUGGAUUGCUGUAUAUCAGAUUUAAUUGCUUUUAAUCGUCCUAUAAUUAUACUUAUGUUGUUCUCUGGAGAUAAACUACAUUGAAUAAAUAAUUGUUAAAUCUUAA